AUGACUUACAAGACCAACUAUGACCUCUACAAAUGCGAUAGCAUUGAAAGCAGACGCUCACCACCACCAGACGAGCGGCUACUCUCCCCGUUAGCAACGCUCUACCCGCAUGUGGCGGCCCUGCAGCCGCAGUACAACUCCAACAGCUGCACCUUCACGGGUUAUCGCCAAACAGACUACUGGGCUGCCGCCUACACUACACAACCAAUGGAACAACCACCACUCUUAACACGACGAGGUAGUGAUCUACCUUGUCGUUUUGUAUCAAAGUUGCGCCGACUACUCAGCCGAGACGAUCUAAAGUAUCGACGACGCUCAGAGGCGACAGCACGAACAGCAUAA